AUGAAAUCUGUUCCAUACGUAUGUUAUGGCAAUUGUUUGUACAUUGAGUCAAAAAUAGCUAAUGUCACAGGUAUUUCAGGAGUUAAUAGUAAAGGUUCAGUAGAAUAUAAGUCUUUCUGUUAUGCAGUCAAUUCAAUGUUCAUUCCAAACGUUCCUGUCAUAGCAACUCAUUUAGGUAAAUGGGUUCGCAUUAGUCCUCAUAAUUUGAAAGACAUGCAAUUCAGACUUGUUGACUUUCAAGGAGAGCCUGUAGAACUGAAGGCACCAGUGCGAAUGACUGUUGAAGUUGACUUUUUAGAAAAUAUUAAAUGCAACAGCUUACAAGAGAACUCAGAGCUAAAAAUAUAA